AAGGGUGGGGCUGAGGGAAUAAAAGCGCGGCGGCCGGCUGGGUGCUGCUUAUCUACGUUGGAUCACUUCUUACGGUAGCCUGUGCGCUGUCGAUCGCGAACACACCAUGGCCGGGUCCUUGCGCACCCCGCUGUUCCUGCUAGCAGCUGUGGCCCUGACUCUGGCCCUGGCUGUGAGUCCCGGGACCGGCAGGAGAAACAACAAGUCUGCACUGGUGGGCGCCCCGUUGGACGCCGACGUCAACGAGGAGGGCGUGCAGCAGGCGCUGAACUUCGCCCUCAGCGAGUACAACAAGGCGAGCAACGACGCGUACCACAGCCGUGCGAUGCGGGUGGUGCGUGCCCGAAAGCAGGUCGUGGCUGGGAUGAACUACUUCUUGGACGUGGAGAUUGGACGAACCAGAUGUACCAAGUCCCAGCCCAACUUGGACACCUGUCCCUUUCAUGACCAGCCACACCUGAUGAGGAAAACGCUCUGCUCUUUCCAGAUAUACACUGUACCCUGGAUGGGCAAGACAUCCCUGGUGAAGUCCAGCUGCCAGGAUGCAUAGAGGACCCUGUGACAGGCUGGGUGCUCUGACCCCCUUCUCCCACCCCGCUCCCCCCUUGUAGAACUCCUAAUCCUUGGAAGGGUGGCCCUGUCCAGGUGAUGUCCCCUCAGUGUGCCGGUCCCAGGAGACAAAUAGAAAAGGGUUCUGGGGCAUUUUCUGAACAGCUAAGUGACUGUAACUCCUUUCUUUUAAUUGUUUUCCAAAUGUACCAGUAUGUAGUGCACUUGUUCUGCUCUAUCUUCAUCAAUAAAAAGUAACAUCAGCUA